AUGCUUGUGCUUCUAGAUUCGACAGUGCAGCAGUAUCUAACAGGUGUCCUGGAGGGCAGGUCGUUUGCCCCCGGUGAUUCGUUGUGCAGACCGCACCACCCUCUGGAAAGCCCUGCGAUUGUGGACGGUGCAAUUGCCGUAGCAGGCGGUGAUACAGCCCAACAGGAUGCUCUCAAUUAUGUUCUGUCCAAACCUCAGGUGACGGUCCAUGAUAACAUCUCCUGUAGCGUGGUGUGUUCUGUGGAGAACGGGAGAGAGGUGACCCUGUCCUGGUAUAAAGGAGGGAAGAUACUCAACCAGACCAGCAGCACUGACCACAACAUCACCCUCUCUAUACCUCUCAAGGUGGAUGAACAGAACAGAGAUUCUUACAGAUGUGAGGCUGCCAACCCAGUCAGCAAGGAGACAGCUGUUGUUCCACAUUCCUGUAUAGAGAGUGAUCCCUUCAAGGUGACAGAUGGUGAUGAGAGGACUCAGGGUCGUCUUAUUAUUGCUGUAAUCUGCAUUUUGGUUGCCUCAGGACUUGGUCUUGCAAUAUAUCUUAAGAAGAGGAGAAACGGACACUCACAUGCAGAUUCACCUGAAAGAGAGCAAGAUGACAUUCAGUAUGCAGAGAUAACUCACAUUAAACCAGCAGAAAACCAGGAGGAGGGAACAGGUAUACAAGGACUGGAGUCACUUAGAGACAACCCUAACCUGACAGUUUAUGAUAAACUCCAGUUACAUCGCAUGGCUGCCAGCGAGGAUGUUGACACUGCAUGAAGGUUCUGAGAGAUUGACAUGGUAAUUCACAUCCAAGAGAAGGUGUAACAUCAUAAAGUGGACGUUGAGACAGAAUUAUAGUAAAUAUUAGAUUAGGAAACCUAAUGGAGUCACAGUUGUUAAUGGAGAAAAUUCCCAUUGAACCAUUGCGCUCAGAUUUCCUGUGUUGGUCAUUCUCACAUUCUUUUGUUGAAUUGGGGCCUCGAUGAGAUGAAUGGAUACAGACAAAUUCAAUAGCUAUGCCUAGGGUUAUUAGUAGGGUGAUCCCUAUUUUCAAGUGCCCAUUGUCCCAAUGUAUUCGUUAAAACAAAUGGAACCUCUUAAUACAAUUCACUAGUGUGUUUGAUAUGCCAUUACUGGGCCAAAGCUUCUUUUCAGUAUUGUCUGUUCUGUUGUUUAACAUGUAGGGGAGGGUUACAAUCUCGCCCUCCUGCAGACACUCCUUCUAUUAGACCAUUUUGUGCUCCACCUACAUUAGCCAGGAUACAGAAUAUAACUGUGAUAAAAUACCAAAUCUACUGAUACCAUAGUGAAUUGUUGCACUGGAGGCUUUCAUUUUCAUAGUAACCGAGUAGUUACCAAUACUGAAUAUUAAGAUAAUAUACUUCACAAUUAUAAAAUGAGCUUAUGACUUAUUCAAACGGGUAAAGAUUUGUUUACUGAUCUUCAAUAUAUUAAGGCAGACUUACAGCGGGGCAA